AUGGGGCCCCCGGGCAAUAGGGGAUCAUGGGGCCCCUGUGUCCUUGCCCAAACUCAAAAAAGCCUUCUAAAAAUAAAAUGCAUAUCCUAGAUGUGAUCCCAAAAUCUGCAACAGGGGUUCAAGUGAUUCUCCUAGAUUGUAAGCUCCCAGGAUCAGGGCCUUCCUAACCAGGGGCAGACUGACAACUCAUGGGGCCCCCGGGCAAUAGGGGAUCAUGGGGCCCCUGUGUCCUUGCCCAAACUCAAAAAAGCCUAUGAAAAAAGGUACCAGGGGCAUCUAAUGGGGCCCCCUACUGACCCCGGGCCCUCCGGCAGUGCCCGAGUUUCCAAAUGGUCAGUCUGCCCCUGUUCC